AUGGUGUUAUAUUUAAUAUUUAUAUAUUUAUUAUCAAGUUCAAUCUCGGUUUCUUAUUGUCAACAUCGGCGACGACAAAACUUUCAAGUUGAAUGGAAUUCUUUAAAUCCAUUUUUCUCUUCUAAUAAUUCAUUUAUUCUUAAUGCACGUCUUGGUGAUACAAUUGAUUUUCUUUGUCCGUAUUAUAAUGAAUCGACAUCUAUGGAAUAUAAUACAUUAUAUUUAGUAUCGAAAAUUGAUUAUCAUGCAUGUCUAACAGAAAAUUAUCAGCCACUUCUUGUAUGCGAUCAAUCGCAUAGCUUAAAACGUUUAAUGUAUACAUUAUCAAUAUCAAAAUAUUUACCAUAUCCAACCAUACCAGAAUUUCAGGAUGGUAAUUCUUAUUAUUUUAUUUCAACAUCAAAUGGAGACAAAAAUGGUAUUUAUCAAAAGUAUGAUGGUCUAUGUCGUACAAAAAAUUUACGAUUUAUUAUUGAUGUACAAAAGUAUUAUCGGCGUUAUUCGAUAAAUCAAAAUAAUCAAUAUCGUAUAAAAAUGCAAAAAGAAUUAUUGAAUGAAACCAAUGAACAAUAUCAACAAUUAACUUCUUCAAAUAGUAGAAGAAUAUCCGUUUCAUACAUUUUUCCAUUGUUGUACAGUAUAUUGUACUUGUAUUCGUUUUUGCUAUGA